GAGAUUUUUCAUUUGAAUACAAAAGUGUAUGUGAUGCAUGUGGUUAUUGUGUUUAAUAAAAAAUAAAAUUCUAUUAAAGAAAGCAACAAGUUUUUUCUUAAAUAAAACUAAAAAAAAAUAAAUCAAUAAAAAAUAAACAUAUAAAUUUAUCGCGUGCUUCACUUUCUUUGUGUCAUGAUAACAGAAGUGUGCUGCAACAUUUACGACAGCAACAAUUUCAAACAAAAAUAUAAUUGAGUAACAAAUAAAUUGGAUUCGAUUUCGUUUAUAACAAAAGUUUAUUAAUACACAGACAGAAAAAUGACUACAAAAGAACCGAAUGGACGCGUGGGGAUGAUUAAAAAACUACGGCGUUCCGCCUCGGCCAGUGAACACAAUAUGAGCGAAUUGCGUAAUCGUAAAUCAACACAAAAUCUAUUCGAUCAACAUGGUACACCUAUAGAUCUUAAACAAUUUCGUAAAGUUUUGGACAAAGAAGACAAUAAUGGUAAUAAUACAGAGAAAAAGUCUAGAUAUCGGAGGACACAGAGUGUAACCCGUGCUGAAGAAAUAACAACCAAAGAAGAAAAACAACGUAAGGAACAACCCGAUAAACCCUGCCAUCGCCCCAGAGAUUCUUUAUUCUCAUGGAGUUCUGGUUUUAGCAAUUUUACCGGUUUAGUUAAUUGGGGUUUCCUGUUAACCAUAGGAGGUUUUAGACUGUGCUUAGAAAAUUUAUUAAAAUAUGGCAUUAGAAUCAAUCCAAUUGAAUGGUAUUUCUUUUUAAGUGGCCGUAAUGAAGGCGAAGGUCAUGCAUCGUUAUUUUUAAUUUCAUAUUCCAUUAUACAUUUAUCAAUUUGCUUGAUGGUCGAAAAAGGAUUGGCAAUGGAAAUCAUUUCGGAAGGAUUAGGCAUGUUUAUACAAGUGACUAACAUUAUUGUUGUAGUAGUCUUGCCAGUAGUUAUAAUGCAUUUAAAAGGACAUCUAUUCAGUUUAAUGGGUGCCACAACUGUGUGUUUCUUUUAUUCAAUAAUAUUCCUUAAAUUAUGGAGUUAUGUACAGGUUAAUAUGUGGUGUAGACAAAACUAUCAUACUAAGCCCUAUAAUCCACGUAAAAGACGUCCUAGCAUAACAUUGGCACAAUUAAAAAACGGUCAAUUAGAUGAAGUAGAUGAAAAAGAUGAAGAUGUUCCCGUUUUGGUUCACUAUCCCGAUAAUUUAUGCUACAAGGAUUUAUUCUAUUUCCUUUGUGCACCUACUCUAUGCUAUGAACUGAACUUCCCUCGUACCACACGUAUCCGUAAACGUUUCCUAUUGAAACGUAUAUUGGAAGUAGUGUUUGGUGUUAAUGUAGUAAUGGCUCUAUUCCAACAAUGGAUUAUACCUUCGGUGCGUAAUUCUCUAAUACCUUUUUCAAAUAUGGAUAUUGGUUUAGCAACGGAACGUUUGUUAAAAUUAGCGUUACCAAAUCAUUUAGUUUGGUUGUGCUUUUUCUAUUUAACCUUCCAUUCCUUCUUAAAUGCCAUGGGUGAAAUAUUACACUUUGCUGAUCGCAAUUAUUAUAAUGAUUGGUGGAAUGCUAAUAAUAUUGAUACAUUUUGGAGAACCUGGAAUAUGCCGGUGCACAGAUGGUGUGUAAGACACUUAUAUAUUCCUGUCGUACAAAUGGGCUAUUCCUCAAGACAGGCUUCCACCAUUGUUUUUCUGAUUAGUGCAUUUUUCCACGAAUAUUUGGUUUCUGUUCCUUUGCAAACAUACAAAAUUUGGGCCUUCCUUGGUAUGAUGGGUCAAAUACCCCUUUCGGCCAUCUCGAAAUCAGUUGAACGUUCAUUGGGUCCACGUAUGGGUAAUAUUAUAGUAUGGGCUUCUAUAAUACUGGGCCAGCCGUUAUGCAUUAUGAUGUAUUAUCAUGACUACGUUAUAACUCACUUUAAAGAUGCUUUAAAUAGUACCGUUUAUAAAGAACUUUAAAGGUGUGUGUAACUUUACAUUUACCUCUUGGUACUUAUGGCAGACAAUAUUAUGUAAAAAUAGUGUUUUUAGCGUUCUAUAAAAAGUGAAACAA